UCCAAAUAAAUAUUUUAUGUGAUAUUUAACUUGAGAGAAAGAGUGUGUGUGAGAGGCUGAAACCCUAGAAAUGGAUACCAAGUCGAGCCGUAAAUCGAGAGAUGAUCGUGAUAGAGAGAAAGAUUUCUCCGAAGAUCGCGAUCGAGACCAUAAGCACAGGUCCAGUAGGCACAAAUCAUUCAAAGAUGACAACGAUGAUAAAGAAAGGCACCGUUCAAAGUACGACAAGCACCGCGACGACGAUGGCGGCGGUGACCGCCGAAGGACCCGAGAGCAUUCUUCAGAGCGUGAGAGAUUUCGUGAUGGGAAGAUGGAUAUGGAAGAUAACAGGGAGAGGCAAUCCGAUCGUCGCGAUAAGCGCGAAAGAUCUCAUGAACCUAGGAACGAUCGAGGAAAGCGUGAGAAGUCUUACGAGAAGGAUAAUAAGUCAGAUCGGGAUAAACGUGAGAAAUCGUAUGAGAGAGAAGGGAGUAGGGAUAGGGUUUACAAGGAGGAAUUGGUUGUUGAUAGGCGACACUCCAAGCGGAAGGAUAGGAAUGAAAACGAGAGUUCAGCUGAUUUUAAUGAGAAGAGAGUUAAGAUCUCUGAUGAAGGGAAGGAUAGAAAAGAGAAGAGACGGUUUGCAGACAGGGAUGAUGAUGGUGGGAAUGAAUCAAAUGGAUUGGAAAGGAAAGAAGUGAAGAAAAUUGAGGAUGGUGUAGACUCUGAAUCCAAGCCUAUCGAGCAGAAAAAAGAAAGAAGGAAAUUCGGGGAGAGAGUUGAGAAAAAAGAGAUAGAUGGUGAAGAAUAUGAUAAUCAUGCUUUCAAUGAGAAAACAGUGAAACAAGAAUUUUCACCUGCUACUACUGAUCGAACAGCCUCAAAUGGGAGUGGCUCAAUAGCCAAAGACAUUGAAACGAGAAAUUUACCUGGAACACUUAAUUCAUCUCCUACCAAGGUAUCUUCAAUUUCUACCACAAAUGAAAGUAAGGGCGUUAGUGUUACCCGCUCUCAUGAGGUUCAUGGAAAAUCUAGUACAGAUGGGACAUCAACAGCUAGGAAAGGUGGAAACUUCUCUCUUGAUGCUUUAGCAAAAGCAAAGAGAGCUUUACAAAUGCAAAAAGAGUUAGCGGAGAAGCUAAAGAAACUUCCACUGGCAAGUAAAACUAUUGGCCAAAAGGCAGGGUUGAAAGAAGAGACUAAGAACUCAACUGAUUCUGGAAUAUUUCCAGCAUCAGCGGAUUCUACUACUGCUGUCCAUUCUGUGAGCUUACCUUCUGGUGGCAUGACUCCUUUUGUUGGGCUUACAGCUCCGAAAGUGGAAGCAGUAAAACGUGCUCAAGAACUUGCUGCAAAGAUGGGAUUCAGACAAGACCCGCAGUUUGCUCCUCUCAUAAACAUGUUUCCUGGACAGCAGAUGCCUGCAGAAGUUACAUUUCAACCAAAGCCUGCUAAAGCCCCUGUUCUUCGUCUAGAUGCUCUAGGUAGGGAAGUAGAUGAGUAUGGGAAUGUGGUAAGCUCAGCCAAAGUAACUAACUUGAGCACCUUAAAGGUCAAUAUCAACAAGCAGAAGAAAGAUGCAUUUCAGAUACUCAAACCAGAACUAGAAGUAGAUCCAGAGAAAAAUCCUCAUUUUGAUGCGAGGAUGGGUAUUGAUGCAAAUAAGCUUUUAAGGCCCAAGAGGAGCAAUUUUCUGUUUGUGGAGGAAGGCAAGUGGUCAAAAGAUGCUGAGAUAAUAAAAUUAAAGAGUCAAUUUGGUGAAGCGAAAGCCAAAGAGCUAAAGGUUAAACAAGCACAACUGGCAAGGGCGAAGGCCGAACCUGAUAUAAAUCCAAAUUUAAUAGAGAUUUCUGAGAGAAUCAUCAUAAAAGAGAAACAGAAGGAAAUAAUUCCAGAUACUGAAUGGUGGGAUCAACCUUUCUUGAAGCAGAAGGGUACAUAUGGUGAGAUAAUAUCAGGUCACUUAACCGAAGAUGGACUAGAAUUAGGGAAGAUAAUGAUCUACGUGGAACACCCACGACCCAUAGAACCCCCAGCCGAGCGUCCCCCACCGCCACCUCAACCCCUAAAACUGACGAAGAAAGAGCAAAAGAAACUCCGCACACAGAGGCGUAUUGCCAGAGAGAAGGAAAAGCAGGAGAUGAUCAGGCAAGGCAUGGUAGAACCGCCAAAAGCAAAAGUAAAAAUGAGUAAUCUGAUGAAAGUCCUAGGUUCAGAAGCUACCCAGGAUCCCACCAGGCUCGAAAUGGAGAUCAGAAGUGCAGCAGCGGAGAGGGAACAAGCUCACAAAGACAGAAACAUCGCUCGGAAGCUGACUCCGGACGAGCGUCGCGAAAAGAAGGAGAGGAAGUUGUAUGACGAUCUUUCUGUGGAGACAUUGGUUUCUGUUUAUAGGAUUGGGAAUCUUUCGCACCCGCAGGCUAGGUUUAAAGUGGACAAGAAUGCUCAGGAGAAUCGGUUGAGCGGCUGUGCUGUGAUUACUGAUGGGAUCAGUGUUGUUGUGGUGGAAGGGGGGAGUAAGUCGAUAAAGAGGUAUGGAAAGCUGAUGCUAAGGCGGGUUGAUUGGGCUACCCUUGUGGAGAAUAAUGGAGAUGAUGAGGAAAUGGAAGAUAGUAAUAAUAAUAAUAGUAACAACAAUAAAGAGGUGAAUAAGUGUGUUCUGGUUUGGCAGGGAAGUGUGGCUAGGGCUAGCUUUCACAGGUUUUCGGUUCAUCAGUGUAGAACUGACAGUGCUGCCCGAAAGAUAUUUGCCGAUGCUGGGAUUCCUCAUUAUUGGGAUCUAUCUGUCAACUUCAAAGACGAAGAUCUUUAAAUAAUAAUGCAGGUCUGUGCUUUCCUCUUCUUCUUCUCCUCUGUUCUUGGUUGUUUGAUCUCGGCUUACAAACUCUUGAAUUGUUAUCUUUGUCAUCAAUUUUUGUAGUAAUCAACCAUAUCUUUAAAAACAUAUGAGAGGAUUCCGAUAAAGUUUUCUUCUGUAGUUUUUGUAAUUUGAAUUCGGUUUUCAAUUUGUGAAAAUAACUUGAUUCCCAUGUUUAGUUGGGUUUGUUGAAUAUAAUGCAACAAUGAGUUAAGUAUGCAAAUU